AUGCCCAUGUACCCCUGGGAUUCGUGGCAUACCCUCGUUCCUCUGCUUCUUGGGGUGGCUGGCCUUAUUGGCUUCGUUGUCUACAAGAAAUUAGGGGCUGCCCAACCUCUAGUACCACUAGUUAUCUUCAACAACCUCACCCAGUCCCUCUCCUACGCGGGCGCAUUCCUUCACGGCAUGAUUCUGUGGGCGACUGUCUACUACUUGCCACUCUACUACGAAGGAGCCCUGGGAUAUAGCCCUGUGAUUUCCGGUCUUGCUUUAUUCCCCGAAUCUCUCACAGUAGCGCCCAUCUCAGUUAUCACCGGCAUCGUGAUCGCCAAAGUUGGGGGUUACCGAUGGGCUAUAUGGUCUGGAUGGCCAAUCAGUGCCCUGGGUAUAGGUCUCAUCUGCUAUCUGAAUGAUGAAUCUACGAUCCCGGAAUGGGUAUUCAUCAAUUUGGUAGCCGGCGUCGGUCUGGGCAUCCUCUAUCCUACCGUCAUGCUGGCCGUUCAAGCCGCGGCAAGUCCAGAAUACCUAACAAUAUCCGUCACAAUGACUCCUUUCUUCCGGGUCCUCGGACAAUCAGUCGGUGUCGCAGUUGGAGGAGUGGUCUUUCAGAACCGCAUCAAGCAUGAGUUCAGAAAUUACCCUGAGCUCGGACGGUCGCAGCCACCUAUGCACAGGAUGCGUCCAGCUUGGUGCAGUAUAUCAAGACUCUGCCGAAGGGGGGCGCGGAGCGUGAAUUGA